AUACUAUUGUGAAAAUUAGUCAGGUUCGUCAAUCUGAUAAAGAAGAAUCGAAGUUAACUGUUGUGUGGGCGAUUGGUGCCUAUCCCGUUGAAAGUGAAGAUCGAGAAAUGGAGAUGGUUUUAUUUAUUCCGAUGAUUGAUUAUGAGAGAGAUCCUAAUACUCAGUCUGUUUUCGUGAAGAACGAGUAUUACAGCGUAGGUGGGAAGGUUAUACCUGGAAGUUACAAUGGCAAUAUGCGAUUAAAAAUGACUGUCUCUUCUUCCACACAUCUUGCUAUCAGAAGAGAUCCUGGUUCGAAUAGGUGUCUAUUGAAGGUUUCGUUAGUUGGUAUUAUUCUGAAUGCAGCACAGGAAGUCAAUAAAGAGAAUGCAAUAAUUAGGGUGUUAGUUAAAGAUUACAUUGGGCAGAAUAAUUCUUUUGUGGUUAAAGUUGUGUUUCCAUUUCACAAUAAUCAGUUCAAGUAUUUGAUGAAUUCUAUUCGUCCAAGUGAAUCAGUUCUUUUUGUUAUUGGACAGAUGGAAAUUAUUCAAGAUGAUUUAUUUGUAUAUACUGUUGAGACUUCUUAUGUUGAUACUUGUUUUACAGAUAAGAAAAAAGGUACUAAUUCAAGUGACUCACAAUCUUCAUCGGGGUUGUAUAAAUCGGUUCAUUCUAGACUCUUGGCUGUUUAUCAGAACUCGAACGAGAAUUCAUCUAAGGAGUUUACUGCAGAAAUUCAUAGUAUACUCAGAGAUAUGAAUCCGCCUAUAACCAAGUCUUCCGCAUCUAACUCUUAUUCAUCUAAAUGUGUUAAGGUUGAGGAUGAAGAUCCUAAUCAUAUUGAUUCUGAUUACAUUGAGGAUGAAUGCAAAGAAGAUGUU